AUGCCCUUCGAGAAGGCCCAAGCAGCGAGGGCACGGCGCAUUCCCAACUUCCUCUCCGAGGAGGAGGUGCAGCACCUGGAGCGAGUAGUGCUGGAGAUGCGAGCCGUCUGUGGUCUUCAGGCCAAGUCCCGAAGAGGCGAACUCCGGUCAACGGUGGGCGCAUCGUGGACCACCACCUUCCUGCACACGAACGGCGAGUUCCAGAAGAGGGAGCCGGAGCUAGUCAGCAGGAUCCGCGCGCUGGCGGCCCAAGUCAACUCCGAGGAGCGGUGGUCCAUGCCGGUGGAAGAGGGGAACCUGAGGUGCAUUGAGCACCACGAGUACCUGAAUGGCGGAGGCCUCGCCGACCAUCACCAUCGGGACACGGGCUCCUUGGUGACGAUCGACCUCAUGCUGAGCGAA